AUGAGUGAGAAUGGUAAUCAUGAAACCGAUGAGUAUGAGAAUGAGAUCGAUGAGUAUGAGAACAAGACCGAUGAGUAUGAGAAUGAGACCGACAUGUAUGAGAACAAGACCGACAUGUAUGAGAACGAGACCGAUGUGUAUGAUGAUGAGAGCGGUUUGUGCAGGAAUGAGGAGAAGGAGAGUGAGAAUUCGAUGAAUAGAAGUUUGAAUGAAAGCGUGAAUGAUGAUUUUUUCUUGAAUUUAUUAUUUGGCGUGAUUUUAAAAAAGGUUCAAAAUGAAAAAGAGUUAAUUUUCGUACCAUGA